AUAGACAGAGCUCACACGGCAUCAUGUUUGUGUCAUAUCUAGUGAUGAGAAGUGAUUCCACCUCGAGCCACGAAGGCAAAAGCCUUUAAUCAGACACCAAAGCCGAUUACGACCCAGGUCAGAAGCCAGACGUCUGAUUGGACGAUGGAAUGUCACGUAGCCAAUCGUAGCGGAUGCGAUGUUCGUUCUCCCGACACUGGACGUCCGACUGCAACCUGCCAAGUUUAUCACAUUCAUACGUAGACAGUAAUUUGGGAAAGAAUUUAAACAAAAUAUGCUCUGACAAGAAUUAGUUAGUCUUAGGUUCGUUUUAAACGGAAACACUGAAAUUACCCCAUUUUUAAGGGAAUAAUUAUCGUGUGCAUCAGACAAGCAUGUCUCCUUAUGAAUGCGCUUAACAAGGCUGAGAAGGAUCCUGGAUUGAAGCGUUAUCCCGGUCUAGCGCAAUACAAUUUCCGGUCUCCUACUUCCUAUGGGCACUGUACGCCAAGGAAUAGUCCGCGGAGCUAGAAGAUUAAGAACAAGACAAGAAAACCACAAAAAAGAAAAUGAGAAUAAAUAUGUCUUUAUUUGACUGUUAUCCGUAAGGGAAUCGGAUAUCCUUCUAGUCCCUCUCUCGCCACUAAACUCUUGUAACUGUAACGCGAAUCGAUCCCGCCCUCUCUCUCGUGAACAACGCCCAAUUGAAGCACCCCGUUCCGGGCAUUCCGUAGUGAGAUGACACGCUUUGGAAAGACGCGAGCAUUCAACUAGGAGAGAAUAGGAAUGCUAUUUGUUGCCCGUAGGAUGGAGGGGCAGCGAUGCUGCAAAGAGUCUAUCUUUCACACUACCUUUCGUUCCUUGGGUGUUUUAUGUUUGCUGGUGUUCCUGUCCGUGGCGUUGUACCCCGGUCUGUGGUCCAUGGGGGCUCGGCUCUACGCCGUCGUCACUGGGACCCCUGUAGCGGGCCACAACUCGGUCCUGCUGAUCGGCACCCCUAACGAGCAGGUGGCCCAGGACAUCGGCAGAGCCAUCAUGGAGCGACAGAUGGCGGCCAGCAUUAACAUUCUCCCCAGGACCUGGUCUCUGUAUUACUGGAAGGGCGAAGUCCAAGAGGCAACAGAGAUUGUGAUGCUGGUGAAAACCAAGACCUCCAAGAUCCAGAAACUUGUCGAUUAUGUGAGGUCCAUCCAUCCUUACGAGAACCCGGACGUCCUGAGCAUGGCGGUGGGGUACACCGGUGCGUCCUACGUGAGGUGGAUGGACGAGGCCGUCCCGGACGACUGACCGGUCAGCCCGGGGGGGUCACCCCCCCAGACACGCAUCCUCCCCUGCAUGCAGACCUGAGGGAACCCGAGCCCUGAGCACGGGGUCGUCCCUCGCCCAAACGCUUCGGAACGCGAGCAGGAAGUCAGCCGGGGAUGAUAACAGUAUUAUUCUGUUUCCCGAGCAACCGAUCAGGGGACGCUUGGGAAUGCGCUGUGGAGGUACACACUCCCCCUGGCUACUGACGUCUCUCGAGGCUGCAACGCUGUUUCAAGCACGCAUUUUAUUUAUCCAACACAAAAAGUCUGUAUUGCUUUGAAAAUCUAAUGAAUUGACGACAUGUUUAAAGAUUUCAAAAUGGAAUGACAAUGCAUCCAGACAAAUAUGGCACAUCAGAACAUUUUAUUAAGCCAGGUCUCCACUUUUAAAUUUGGGUAUGAAUGAUGGGAUAGACCACCGUAAAUAUAACGGAGAAAUAGAAAGUCUAAAUUGUUUUAAAAACACAUCUUGCGACAAUAUCCAAGUGCUUCAUUCUCUUUUCUUUUACUGCUAGCACUCAUCCUAUCUUUAUGUUCGGUCUUACACUUUUACACAUUUUGAAGUUAUCCUCAAAUGUUUUGGUAUGAUGCUAGUAAUAAAAACAUGUAAUAAUUGAUCCCUUGUCAUCGAUAGUUAGAGACACAUUAAACCCCCAAACCAACGUGAUACAAUGAGAGCUACACAAAAUAAAUGAUAUAAUAUAUAUAAACAUAAAAAAAGAUAUCAUACGAUAUAAAGUUACUUCAAUAACUAUUAAUAUUAAAAGGUCUUCCUAAACUUGCAAUAAACCAAGUCAUUUAAACAAAUAAUGUUGGUCUGGGGAAAAUCAGUCAACAUUAGCCUAUUACAAGUUUUACAAGUAAUACAUAAUUGUGCUCUCUGCUCACCACACAGUGGGACGAGGUAGGCACGGUUACAAGGACAAGGGAAGUGCAGACGUGGUUAAACCAGGUGUUGUGUCUGUCGAGCCCCUGUAAUCCUGCUGCCCAGGACAGAAUGUACAAGCUGUGUGUUGCCCAACAACACUGAGUCUGUUGGCGUAUUUGUGUGUGUGUGUGUGUGUGUGUGUGUGUGUGUGUGUGUGUGUGUGUGUGUGUGUGUGUGUGUGUGUGUGUGUGUGUGUGUGUGUGUGUGUGUGUGUGUGUGUGUGUGUGUGUGUGUGUGUGUGUGUGUUUGGGUGUGAUCAUAAAUAUGUGUCAGGACUCGGAAUUGCGCCGAGUGAGUUAUGUCACAAAUAGUUUUCAAAGUGGAAAUGUAGUUUGGCUGAGUGCACACUAGGGGGUGGUAUUUCAAUGAUAUAGAAUAUACUUUACUACAAUUGCAAAUCAUGAAUUACAUCAUUUAUUUAUUUUACUUUAAACUAUUGAUUUAUAAUAACAAUGCUAAUAACAAUGCAUCAAAGCUUGACAUCGUACUGUAUUCCUUAUGUGUUUAUUGUGAAUCUGAAUGUUCCACAAUAUGUGCUUAAAAUGGUCAGUUUUUUCCUGUAUUCUGUCAUCACAUAUUGGCGACUAGGUUGCCUUUUCACUGAUUAACUGGGUGGUGGACGGUAGACACCAAAAGUACUCAUGGUAGUGAGCCACAGAGUCUAUUUGAGUGCAGUUCAAACCCGCAUGAUGCUAUUUGGGUUGAUCAGCCAUGCCUCCGACUGCAUUGCGUUUCUGAUUUAGACCUGCAAAAGAAGGAACAAUUUUGAGACCAGGAGAGAUUUGGAAGAGAUUUUGUAGCUACACAACCAAAUAAUCAUCCCCUUCCUCUGCUUGCCAUGUUUCUCCUCCAUUGAGAAGUGUGGCAUGACACACUUCUCAAUGGAGAAACCUACUAUUGACUAGAGGAUGGAGUCCCAGAAACUAAAAAAAAGAGCCAGGAAUCAAAAUGGUCUCAUCCAACGGCAAGCAUUAACUGAAACCUAGCAUUUCACUCACUAAUAGCUAACGGAUAUCUAGAUCCUGGAAAAGAAGUGUAUUUUCAACAAAGUACACUCAAAUAAUAACUCUUAAAUGUUAUCACCAUCACCUUUACAUAUGGGGAGGUUCACAAUAUAUGACAUUAGCAUAUCACAUUAAUUCACCACUUUUAUCACCAAUACUGAAGUGGUGGCAAGGUGUGAAUGUGAAAGCUGAAAUGAGAGAAAAAGACUAAUGUAUGCAACAACUGUCCAUGGGAUAUCCAGGCAUCCACAUCAACUCUGUGUUGAAGUCUCAAGCAGUAGCCCUCGACUUGCUGCUAUAUGUGCGGCAACCCAUCUUGACAAUCAUUUUUGAACUAUGAGCCUAGCUCCAAGCCACUAACUAGCUAUUAGAGUCCCUGAGCAGCUAUCGCGGUGUCAUUUGUCGCUUUCAAUUAAUCCUCACAUAAACUGGAAUAAAUAUUUAAAAUCUAUACUUCCAACUAGCUAGGAUGUGAAAUAUUCAUAGUUUCCUGUAGAGAACAGCACACAUGUUAUAUUAUUAUUAUAAUUAUAAUAGGCUGUCCAGAUUUGUCAGUUUUUCUCACAGCACAGCCACUCACUGCCUAUGCUUGUGACCAGAGAACCUGCUGGAAUGACACUAUUAUCACUAGUGAACAAGAUGCCAAAUUAAAUUAUUACAAUGUAUCCCAAAUGACUUGUCAUUUGUCCGAAUUAAUCACAGAUUUGGACGCUUCACACAUUUGUUAUGAUGCAAUUGGCAACAUUUUGUAUUGGAUGAGAUUUCCUUAAUCUAUACUGAUAAAAAAUGUGUAUUCCCUUAUUUUGAUUCAUUUUAUCCAUGUUGAUGUCCAGUAUUAGUACUGAUGAUCGGCCUUCACAGACAUGAAAGACCUUUUCACGCUUUGUCGGCUUAUCAUGACCUUUCAGUGUGACCACGCCUGGAGCCAGCAAAUGUUGUUUGGCUAAAAAUAAAAUAAAUACAACUGUAUAAAAAAAUAGCGUUUGAGAAUUUAUCAAAGAUGAGUAUGCCAACAUGUGAAUGAGACCCCGCUGCCUUGCCCCUGUCUCCACUCACUCAUGGACAGGACUGCUCACCUGCCAGAGGGCAGCAAGGAUGGAUUUCACCUUUGAUAAUUUCUCUAGUGCCAUGACGUAACACCACACACAGUGUGAUAAUACAUCUGUUGAAGGGCUGUCUAGUCAGCAUUAUGUGGGGGAAGGGGAUACUAGAUAAACAUAUGUACAAUGUGCGUUCCAUGGUGGCUGCAACACAGUGGUUGGAAAUUCAGCACAAAUAUGUUAAUGCUUUUAUUUUCAAUUAUAAGUGUGGUAACUCUUUGAGUAUAAGAGAAACUCAGACAAUAGACAACAGAGUUCACUUAUAGCCACCC